CACUUAUACACUCGACCCAAUCUGACUUACCCAUCUAUGUGGCAGUGCUCACAAAACUUUUAUGUCCGCCACUAAAUUCAUAAGUCUAAUUUUUAACUUUCAUCUGCACAUUCCGAUAUGUGUUUUUGAUUUCUCCGUAGAAAAAGUUUCAAUGAGUGAAUUCAAACACCCAAAAUGUCAUAUCACGCCUAUGGCUAUUUCAACUAGAGGAGGUUUCAAGUGUGAACUGGUAUCUAUGCAUUCAUCAUUUUCUAUUCAACUAUAGCGAGUAUUUUCAAGACUAGAUAAAAUAGCCCUUUUUCCUUCCAAAUUUCUUUUCAAUCGUCCGUUUCCUGGAAGCAGCCAUCUCGGUUCUUAAUCUACCAAAAUACGUGCCGCCCAACAUAUGGGUGGCGGGCUAUAUAUACCUCCUCCAAGUUGCCCAAUUUCCCAACACUUGAAAAAUCAAACCGUACUCCAGUUUCAGAGAUCCAAGAAAGUGUGUGGCAGAGAAGAGACAAAACAGAGCUUAGGCGGCCGGCCGGAGUAAGAAUGGAGUUUCAGAAAUCGAUUUGCGGCGGAGGCGGGUUUGCGAAGCAGCAGCGGGACAAGAAAAGACAGAGGAAAACGAAGGAGGUGAAGGUGGUUUACAUUUCGUCGCCUAUGAAAGUGAAGACGAGCGCGUCCAGGUUCCGGUCGCUUGUCCAGCAGCUUACCGGACGCCACUCUGACAUAGCCCGGAUCAUGGAGACCAACGGCGCCACCGAUUUUUCGGAUGAUAUAUUCCUGGGAGAUUAUGAUGAUGAUCAUGACCGUUCGCCGCCGCCGACUUCUUUCUUUCAGGUCCCGAUGAUGGCGAGUCCGGCCGUCGAUGAUGAGUCGCCGACGAGCUCGGAGUCUCAGGUGGAUGAGCAAUUGGACGCGAUAUUUCCGAUGGAUUUGUUUCUUAACUUUACUUCUUUCGAUAUGGACGAGGAUGAUGUUCUUGGUAGCUAUGAUGCCCUGUAAAUAUGCAUUUCUGUUUUUAUUGUAUAACCUCCCACAAUCAAUUUUUCAUUAUUAUAUACUCCGUAGUAUAUAUAUAGAUAGAUUGAUUUCUACAGCAUUACUUUUGUUCAUUUUAAAUAUCUAUCCAUUCAUUAAUCUAGUAUCCUCUUAUCUUGUAUCCUCU